CGAAAUUUUUUCCCCAGGACAAGGAAGGGCGUCGCUACCGUCAUCAUAACGUGACAUGAGGAAUGGCAGAUCCACUUACUAAUUAUCCAUUGCUCCAGUGAUGGUGGCAUCCCAGGAAGUUCCCGCAUUGAUGGAAAAUCAUGUUCGGAUGAAAACUUCAUAAAACCAAAAGAUCAUCUGGCAGUGCUGCACGUGCUGAUGCAGAAGCCCUUGCAGAUGGCAUUCAGCAAAUUUUACCUGAUGCAUAUGAAUACCGCAUCUGUCAGUUUUCCGAGGCAGAGAAAGAAGAAAACUCCGAACCAAUUACAAAAUUUGAAGCAACUAUUAGGUUGAAACUAAGAACUAAGGCAGAAGCAAAAUUAUGGAUAAAAGAUCUUGAAAGAGCAUCUGCAGUGACGUGGAGAGUUGAUAAGACUUAUCCAGUUUGUGGAGGCAAGAAGAGCCAAAAUGUGUAUCGAAUUGACAUGAGAUGUCAGCAUAGAACAUACUCAAGAUCUCCAACUGCUGAUAAGAAGGCCUCUUCAAAAAAUACAUGUUGUCCAGCAAAGAUGUUCCUUGUAGUGAAGCGAACUCACAUGGCAAGUGGUAAAUUAUCUCAAUCUACAGAUCAAUAUUUACAAGAGUUUCCUACUCGUGUUUACCUGGACUUCCGGCACAAUCAUAAGCUCCUUUCCCCGGAUAUUCUUCGAAAGAGAGAUGUCUCUGAAGAAACUGUGCAGAAACUGACAGAUCUGUAUAAAGCAGGUCAUACACCACUCUCUGCCUUGGAAGAAAUCAAACGUGAUCUCCAAGCAGAUUAUGGAGAACAGUUUGUCUUUGUAUCAACAGACAGAUCAAAGUGCCCUGAUAAACAGUUUUGCUAUCGGCUGUACUACAAACUCUUCUGUCCUAAAUAUCCUAAAUCACCUGGGAAAAAAAUGCUUUUGGAACUACAAGGACACUUGAAACCAUUUUGUGAGAAAUAUGAUUCUCAUUGUGCAAGUAUUGAAAAAACUGAAGACGAUAAUGUUAUUGUUGCAAUUUGUCCCCGUCGACCCAAACAAUUUCCUCAUGAAAACAACGAAGAAAAUGACCAGAGAGAUGCCUCAUUAGUGCCUCAGGCUGUCCAGCCAGUAAAUGUUGAAAGUUAUCCACCCCACCUGCACCUUCUUGAUCAGUUUCAGUCACAAUCAGAUUUACGUGGCCAGGGUAUAGGGCAAUGUGCUGAAGGUAUGAAGACGGUUUUUGAUGAUUUGUUAUCAAAAAUAGAAUGCUAUCCAGAAAUUUAUCUCAAACCUGUAGAAACAUUUCUAAACAAUUAUCAAAAUCUAAAAAAAGAUAAUGAAAAGUUAGUAAAUGCUUUACAAACAUUUGGUCAGUACUCAGGUGUAACCAUGGCUUUGUCAAAAACCCUAAAACGUCAGCAUUCAGGAGAUUCAUCAAAGAUUGACUCAACCACUAUAAUCUGUGCAAAAAAGAAAAAAGGUGCUCGACGUCGGCUGAUUACUGCAAGGCCUGUUGUUCAGCAAUCAACGCUUAACCAUGAAGACAGUAAUUCUGAAAGAGAGAUAUUAAUUCAUGAAAUGUCGGCUCAUGAAAUAGCUGUUCAUGAGGUAACUGCUCAUGAGAUAUCAGCUCAUGAGAUAUCAGCUCAUGAAGUAUCUGCCCAUGAGGUUACAGCUCAUCAAGUAACUGCUCAUGAAAUGUCAGCUCAUGAAAUGUCAGCUCAUGAAAUACCAGCUCAUGAAAUAUCAACUCAUGAAAUAUCAGCUCAUGAAAUAUCAGCUCAUGAAAUAUCAGCUCAUGAAAUAUCAGCUCAUGAAAUAUCAGCUCAUGAAAUAUCAACCCAUGAAAUAUCAGCUCAUGAUAUGUCAGCUCAUGAUAUGUCAGCUCAUGAUAUGUCAGCUCAUCAGAUCUCUGCUCGCACCUUACCUCCGAUCAUACCUUCACAUGGAAUCCAUUUGCAUGCCAUGUGUGCACAACAGGAAAGAAGAUCAUAGAGCCACGUAAGGAAAACUGGAAUGUAUUGGAAGGUAAAGUAUUUAAUGUUAUAGUAUAUAAAAUUAAUAAAAAAUUUUGGUGAUCAUAUUAUAAUGCUACACCUUUCAAUAUUAACCAGUUUCCUUGCGUGAGUUUAUCAUUUAUUUCCAAAGGAUGUUAACUGAUUCUACAAAAACUGUACAGAUAAUAUAAGAAAUGCUAUAGAUUAUGAUACAUAUAAAAUAGAAAUAUUAUUGUAUUGUCAUCCUUAAAAAAUGGAGACCCUGAAACAAAUUGUGGAAAGACAAUCAAUAUUUUUUUUAACAUGUAAAGGUAACAAGAAUACCUGUACAGGAUUUCCAAAAAUUCCUCGUCUAUUUUAAGGUAAAGGCAGAUCAUAAGUUCAUAACCAAAUAUAUACAUUCAUUUAGUGUGCAUGACUAAUCAUUAAAUUCAUAACCAAAUACUGUAUAAUCAUUCCUUUGCUGCUCUUCUUCACUAAAUAACAGAUUCAGCUAGUGCAGAUACUGUACAGUACAGGGUACUGCACUAUGAACUCUCACUAAUUUGAUAUUUUGGGUAAAUUUAAUAUUUUUGACAAAAUAUUGUACAGAACUGUACAAUAGAUAGGCAUUAUACUGUACAGGUUGUAGUAUGUAGAAUUUAUGAGAGAAUUUCAUAAUUUUGGGAUGAAGAUUAGGUGCGUCUUUACUUGAGCAUUUUAGCCCGAAAGAACCAAACGAACAGACAGCACACGAACAAACUAAACGAGCUGUUCGAGUGCAAGCUCUCUGUAUUCUGCGUGUUCGACAGUGUUCGUCUUAUUCCCACCGUUUUCCUCAGUUGAACCAUGGAUCUCACAGUGAUAGCAGGUGCACUCCUCAUUAUUUACUCCUUAGCCAAAAGGAAGAAGAAAUCUAGUAGUGUGGUUGAAUGAAAUGGAUCAUGGCCAUUUGAAAAACUACUCGAAUGACACCCCUUUUCCCUCCUGAAGCUGGCAAGAGAGUUUCCCAUUUUCUUCUUCCCUUCUCCCGGGGAACAUUCCAUAAUUUGUGCAUUGCUCACCCAGCAACCAUGCUUCCUAACUUUAUUACAGUACAAACCAUGUUGGGAUUCCACAGCUCAGGAUGCUUCUCAUAUUCAUCCAGUAAGGCUAAACAUUUCUCCCCGUCCCACUCCAUAACGCACUGAAUAGCCGGAACAACGCGAACACCCGUCCUGACUGUGCACCAACGAGCAAGCGAAUCCUUUUGCGCACGCACCAUUUACGGACAAGCGACGGAAAACGUUUGACGCGCUCGGUUGGGCUCGGGGACACAUCCUUACUAGCCUAAUUCUGCUCAUUUUGUUCAUUCAGGCUAAAAUGCUGAAGUGAAGAUGCACCUUUACAUUAGUCCAAAAAUCUCAAAAUAACCUUCAAGGUGCCACACCAUUCUUGAGCGUUACCACCAUCACUCUGGUUAUUUUAUAAAACAAAAAAAUAUGUACAGUACAUACAAGAAGUACUUGAUUUACAGAAGGGUUUCGUUCCUAAAAAGUUGGCCAUAAACCAAACUUCUGUAUAACAAACCCAACAUUCCGAUUGAAUCCCAUUACAGUAUAUAAUGGGAGAUGUGCUCCUCCAGAAAAGUUUCCAACCCAAAACUUCGUAAUACUGUAUCUGCAUACAUAAUUUUUUACCUUUUUAUCACAUUUAAAUAAAAUACAAUAAUAUUUUACAACAUUUUUAUAAAUCAUAUAGUACUGGAGGCAAUAAACUGCAUAAAUAGUUGUACAGCAUCGUAAAAGUUGUGAAGUGCAGGAGCAUCGACUGGUGUGAGUGGUGCAGUGGCGCACAUGUGAGGCUUGUGAGCCGUGGCCCGAAUGACUCAUGGACUUGCUCCUCUGUGCCAUAGUGGAGUUGCCAUUUGCGACAUACUACAGUACUGUACAGUACAGGUAUUGUUAAACAAAAAAACUGAUAUAAUUCACUAAUACAGUAUGUAAACAUUGACUCAGGAGUGUAAUUCAUAAAAUUUUAUAAUAUCUGAAUACAUAUCAAUAAAUUACUUUUGAGUGUCAGUGUCUAUUACCAAUAACAAUGCGUACCGUUAUUGUCACACAAACAGUCGUAUUUUCAAGAUUUUUUUCAUACAGGAUAUACCUGAAUUGAAAAACUUUCAUUGUGACUUGAUAAUGUUUUAUUUAAUAUAUGUGUAAAGUCAGCAACUUUUUCUAAUGCCUCCAUGUUCCUAUUACGGGUACAAAAAAUUAUGAUAUGAGAAUGAUAGUAACUGCCUGUUGGUUUCCUAAACCUCAAUAACAGGAACAUAUGUUCACCUUUACCCUCCUAAAUCUACCAUACAAAUAAUAAUCUUUCUUUAUUAUGAAAAAGAAUCAACAAUUAUGGUCAAGUUAAUAUCAGUAAAUUAUUUAAUGUUUUAUUACCACUUUAUGGGCAUCGGACACAGUAGGUACGGUUCACUGAACUUUCAUUCUCGUAAACAAACUCACGGGUAGACGACAGGCAGAGUGAUGAUAGUAAUGGUGGUGCUGAUGGUACUUUUGACUUAGGAUACUUCUUUGUUUAUUUCUUGUGGAGAGAUUUUUUUCUUACAGGUCAUUUUAUAUACAGUACAGGUAGUUACCUUCCCCAAAAAAAAAAAAUCUAUAACUGCACAAUUUUUGGAUGUAUAUAAUGAAUCUGAGUACAGUACUGUACUAAAAUAAAAUUUCCGUCAGUGUGAAAUUCCAUAUACGGGUGUCAUAUAUCGAGGACGUAUUCUAUACAUAUACAGUAAAACUUCCCUAAGUCGGACUAUAUAGGGAUUUAUCCAGUCUGACUUAAAGGUAAUAACCCCUAUUUGUGCCCUAAUGUAAAAAAUUUUGUCUAAAAACUUAACAAAACUCGAAAGAAAGAAAUGUAUUUGCUAUUAAAAGAAAUAAUUACAUCUGAACACUCAAGGGCAAUUAACUUUUCCCAUAAGAUUGGUGGGUGGAGAGAGGCUAGUCGACACGCUUAAUGUUAAAGUAGAAAUAUGUACAGUACCGUAUUACACUAAACAUAAUUACACUACUGUACAAGGUAAUCUUAAUUAUGUUAAACUUAUAUAUAAUCACUUAAACUAUGUACUUUACAUUAGUCACUAUUUAAUCACUUAAAUUACUUCUGGGUGCCAUCACAUUGUCCAGAGUUCUGGUGUCACAGAAUGAUCAGAGUUGAAGAAUGGUGUGGCAUCACGUGGCCAGUUACAACUUGGUAUGUGCACUGGCAACUCAGACUGAGUCCAACAUAGCAUUUAAUCUAACUUAAAGAAGUCCAACUUAGGGGAGUUUUACUAUAUAAACAUCUCAGAGGGCACUACAGUAUUCAGUCGAGUGUCCUUACUUGGAGCUGGCAGAUAUUCGCCCCAUCAGAGGUCUCAGCUCAAGGUUGAAGAAGCUACAAGUCUAGAAAAUUGUGAGGGCCAACAAUCUGCCAGAGAGUACUGUGAUGGCAGGGGUGUGAGCUCUUUCAAGACCAGACCUAACCAACACUGGUUCAGAUACAGAUACGUUCUGAAGCCAGUACUUGCCAACAAUGCAUAACAAAGGCUUGACCAACCAACCAAUCAAGCGGCUAACAAGUCGAUUAGUGGCGAAGAGGGUAAAAGUAAAAGUUAAGGUUGAAGAAACCACAAGUACAGAAAAUUAUCAGAGCAAACUUUUUUGGGGUGAGUUGUGAACCAUUGGGACAAUCUGCCAGUGUUGUGACUGUUACGGAUACUAGAGUUAAGCACUUGGAAGCUUUAUUUAACUUAAUACAACAUUAUAUGUACAGUACAGUACCUGAAAUCAACAGAAACACACUAUUUGUAGUACAGUACCCAAUUAUGUAGCUACAACAUUGUCAGCAAAAGCAUAAUAUACAAUAAAGUACACAUCAUUC